AUGCCGCUAAACCUCAUCAGCGAGAAAAUUAUUGGAGCGGGUGCCAGUGGGCCAGUGAGGUUAAUAGAGAGGAGAUGUAGUGGCGAACACUUUGUGUUGAAGAUUUUACCCGAUACUCCAACGGCACGACGCGGGAUCGAAUUGCAGUUUAUGGCUUCUCAGCAUCCAAAUAUUCUCCCAAUAGUAGACGUCUAUGAGAAUCUCUUUCGAGGUCAUCCAUGCCUUUUCAUUGUCACGGAAUAUAUGUCUGGUGGGACAUUACUGGAACGAAUAAAGUUCGGGCAAAUAAUCGUAACGGAACGUGAAGUUGUCCGCAUGAUACGAGAUCUGGGUUCAGCAAUUGAAUAUUUGCACUCUCUUGGCAUUAUUCAUCAUAACAUUAAACUUGAAAAUGUUUUGUAUUCUAAGAAUGGUAUCCUGAAGCUAGCUGAUUUUGGAAUGGCCGAGAUCGAGAGAGAACCCCUUGACAAAGCUCCUUCAUACGCGUCAUUAACAUCCUGUGCUAUUGAAGCUAAUCUUGUUUAA